AUGUCUCCUCUUGGAUCUCUUCCAAAAUCAAUGCUUUAUAGUCAGCUCAAUCCAGACGAGAUGGAUGUGUAUCACAGGUCUCAAUGUCUUCCCGGAACACGUACGAGAAUUCAGAAUGAGAUCGUUGAAUGGGCGUCAUCGGGCUCGGAUCAGAACGUCUUCUGGUUACAUGGCGUUGCAGGCUGUGGCAAGAGUACAGUCAGUACGACGAUUGCAGAGUUCUUUCGUACCAUGACUCGUCUCGGCGCCCUUCUUUUCUUUGAACGUGGCAAGAGCGAUCCUAGCUCUGUCAUCCGCACUCUUGCGUAUAAACUCGCCUUGUUUGAUUUCUUGGUGGCCAAAUACGUUGGGUCUUCUUCAAGGGCCUCUGGCUUUGGCUUCAGAUUCGAUACAGGCCCCGUCAUCAUUGUCCUUGAUGCGUUGGACGAAUGUGGCUCGGAGGCGACAAGGCGAACGCUGCUGGAGUGCCUUCGAAAAGGCCUUCCUUCACUACCCAAGCGAUUUCGAUUCCUUAUUACGAGCAGGAAGGAACUGGAUAUUAGCCGUGUCUUAUCUUCUCUGCCUAACUGCAUUGUUCCUGUUGAGUUGGAACAUGACUCGCCAAUAUGCAAGGACGACUUGCUUCGCUACAUUGAUCACGAGAUGCGCAACGUAUUCGUGAAAAACGAGCUGUGCAUUUCGGGUGAUUGGCAAGUGAAGAUGGAUCGUCUCGGAAGUGCGGCGGGUGGACUUUUCAUCUGGGCAUCGACAGCGGUGAAAUUGGUGGAUUGUGACGACCCAGCUGGGAAGCUGAAUGAAUUGACAUCAAAAUUGCAAAACUUGGCCGGCCUCGAGCAACUGUACGACUCCGUUCUUAGAGGAUCUGGCAUCUCGUUCGGCGACAAAGCAACCAAGGCUCGCUUUUCGCAGAUCCUUGGUUUCAUUCUCCUUGGUAGACAACCGUUGACCACUGAUGCGAUCGACAAGUUUCUUGGGUAUUCAAAUGACAGACCGUCACGUCUUAUUCUUUCUCGCCUACAGUCCGUGCUUGUGUACACUCCUGGAGCUCCUGUCUGCUUUUGCCAUUAG